AUGUCCGCAAAGGCCGUCAGCGAACUUUCGGGCAAGGAGCUACUCUAUAGCCACCUGGAAAAGGAGGGCCUGAUCGAUGCCCCGCACCUCAUCCGUCUGACCGAGGGCGAUGACUUCAGCAAGGUCUACGAGGAGCACGAGCGUCUCCAUGGGCCCUCCGCAGAGAAACUCGUCGUCAAGCCCGACCAGCUCAUCAAGCGUCGCGGCAAGCACGGACUCGUCAAAUUCGGCGGAAAGGCCGACAUCGAGAAGUGGUUCAAGGAAUGGCAGGGCACUUACGUCCAGGUUGGAAAGACUACCGGGCGCCUGAGCACAUUUAUCGUCGAGCCGUUUUGCGCGCACGCCGACGCCGACGAGUUCUACAUUUGUAUCUACAGCGGCCGCAACUCGGACACGAUUCUCUUCUACGAGCAGGGCGGCGUCGACAUUGGAGAUGUUGAUCAGAAGGCCCGGCGUCUCGAAGUCCCCGUCGAGCUCGACGAUGCGCAGAUGACCCUCGCCGAUGCUGAUCUCAAAAUGCUUCUCGGCGAUCUGGGAGCCCGCACGAGUAUCGUCACCAAGUUCGUCAAGCAGCUCUACAACGUCUACAAGGACUGCCACUUUACCUACCUGGAGAUCAAUCCGCUAGUCGUCGUCAACAACAAGGUGCACAUUCUGGACCUGGCGGCGAAGCUCGACGAGACGGCCCUGUUCAUUUGCAGCGAAAAGUGGAAGGGACGCGGCAAGGAGAUGGUCGAAUUCCCGGCUCCUUUUGGACGUGAUUUGACUGAAGAGGAGGCCUACAUCGCCGAGAUGGACUCGAAGACGGGUGCCUCCUUGAAGCUGACGAUCCUCAACCGCGAGGGCCGCAUCUGGACGAUGGUGGCGGGCGGAGGUGCUAGCGUUGUUUUCACUGACACCGUCUGUGACCUCGGCGGCGCCUCCGAGCUGGCCAACUACGGCGAGUACUCUGGCGACCCGUCGGAGAGCCAGACGUUCGAGUACGCGAAGACGCUGAUGUCGGUGAUGACCGAGGGCAAACCACAUCCCAAGGGCAAGGUGCUGAUCAUCGGCGGCUCGAUUGCCAACUUCACCAAUGUGGCCAAGACUUUUGGAGGUAUCGUCAAGGCGUUCGAGACGUUCGUCGACAAGCUGAAGGAGCACCACAUCACCAUUUAUGUGCGUCGCGGUGGUCCCAACUAUCAGCAAGGACUGCGCAUUAUCAAGGAUGCCGCUGACCGUCUCGACCUGCCGAUCCACGUCUUCGGCCCGGAGACGCACAUGACUUCGAUCGUCGGCGCUGCCCUGGGUGUUCGCCCAGUCCCUGCCCCGCCAAUUGCCCCUAAGACCACUGGCCAGUUCCUGUUGUCGCCGGAAACAAAUACUGCUGGCACCAUCAAGAACGUCGACUCGUCGGCCGAGCUCCGGACAAUGGUGCAAAAGGAGAGCGACACCAAGUCGCUGCCCAAGGACCUCUACCAGACGCUUUUCGAGAACAACACCAAGGCCGUCAUCUGGGGCCAGCAGCAGAAGGCUAUUCAAGGUAUGCUCGACUUCGACUACGUUUGUCGCCGCGCCUCCCCAUCCGUCGUCGCCGCCACCUACCCACUCGCCGGCGAUAACAAGCAGAAGUACUACUUUGGCCAAAAGGAGAUCCUCGUCCCGUCUUAUCAGAAGAUGAAGGAUGCGUUCUCGUCGCACCCUGAUGCCAGUGUUAUGGUUACUUUCGCGUCGCUGCGCUCCGUUUUCGAGACGGUCAAGGAGGCGCUGUCGUUCCCGCAAAUUCGUGUCAUCGCCAUCAUUGCUGAGGGCGUACCGGAGAAUCAGACCCGGAAGUUGAUCAAGCUGGCCGACGAGCGCGGCGUGACAAUCAUCGGCCCGGCGACUGUUGGUGGCAUCAAGCCCGGCUGCUUCAAGAUUGGCAACACCGGUGGAAUGAUGGACAACAUCCUCGCCAGCAAGCUCUACCGUCCUGGAAGCGUCGCGUACGUUUCCCGCUCCGGCGGCAUGUCCAACGAGCUGAACAACAUCAUCAGCAGCAACACGGACGGCGUCUUCGAGGGAGUUGCCAUCGGUGGCGAUCGCUACCCCGGCUCUACCUACACAGAUCACGUGCUGCGCUACCAGAAGGAUGACAGAGUAAAAAUGAUCGUGCUGCUCGGCGAGGUCGGCGGCACUGAAGAGUACAAGAUUGUCGACGCGCUCAAGAACAAGCAGAUCACGAAGCCGUUGGUCGCGUGGUGCAUCGGCACUUGUGCUGAUCACAUCACUUCCGAGGUUCAAUUCGGCCACGCCGGUGCCUCAGCCAACGCUCUCGGCGAGACGGCCGCCGCCAAGAAUUCAUCCCUACGCGCCGCCGGUGCCAUUGUGCCCGCCUCGUUCGACGAUCUGGGCAAGGAAAUCCGUCAAGAAUACGAGCGGCUCGUCAACGCCGGCAUCAUCGUACCCAAGGAGGAGGUGCCCCCGCCGGCCGUCCCCAUGGACUACUCCUGGGCCCGCGAGCUGGGGCUCAUCCGCAAGCCCGCCUCGUUCAUGAGCUCGAUUUGUGACGAGAGAGGAGAGGAGCUCCGCUACGCUGGCGUGCCGAUCACCCGCGUGCUCGAGGAUGACAUGGGUGUUGGUGGGGUGCUGUCCCUUCUCUGGUGCCAGCGGCAACUGCCCGCCUACGCCAACAAGUUCAUCGAGAUUUGCCUGAUGAUCACCGCCGACCACGGACCCGCCGUCUCCGGUGCCCACAACACGAUCGUCUGCGCGCGCGCCGGCAAGGAUCUGAUCUCAUCGCUCGUUUCUGGACUUCUUACAAUUGGAGACCGCUUCGGAGGAGCUCUCGAUGGAGCCGCAAAGGCAUUCACGGAAGCGUUCGACAAGCAGCUCAGCCCCCACCAGUUCGUCAACGAGAUGCGGCACCAGGGCAAGCUUAUCCCCGGCAUCGGACAUCGCGUCAAAUCGAUCAACAACCCGGAUAAGCGUGUCGAGAUCCUGAAGAAGUUCGCCCUCGACCGCGCCGUCUUCACCCAGGACACGCCGAUCCUCAACUUUGCCCUGGAGGUCGAGAAGAUCACCACCGCCAAGAAGCCCAACCUCAUCCUGAACGUCGACGGUGCGAUCGGUGCCAUCUUUGUCGACAUCCUCCGGCACUCGGGCCAGUUCACCCAAGCGGAAGCCCAGGAGAUGAUCGAGAUCGGCGCCCUGAACGGCCUCUUCGUGCUCGGCCGUUCCCUUGGAUUCAUUGGGCACUACCUCGACCAGCGCCGACUGAAGCAGGGUCUCUACCGCCAUCCCUGGGACGACAUCACCUACGUGCUGCCCGAAGGCGAAUUCGACCGACCA